CAACUGUGGUAGGUUAUAUCUUAGCCUAGCUAUAUUGAGGAACCUGAUAGUUGAACUGAGGGUCGUGAGGUCAGCAUUGAGCACAUUGGUUCUCGUCCCUGCUGGUCGGGGUACGAGUAGGGAGCUGGUCUCACCUAACAGAGGCGUCCAGGAGACUGCCCUCUAUUUAUUCUCUAGUUGGUGUCUUCCUCAACAAGAUGAGCAAGAUCCAGGUGGAGGGAUACCAGGUUGGAGGAAGGCGUGAGGUGAUGGGGUCUGAUGCGGCUGCUGCGGAGGGAUAUGUGAAGGAGUUUACGCGCCACUCCAACGACGUCCUGCUGAAUCUGAAUGAGCUGAGGCACCGGAACAUUCUGACCGAUGCCACCCUCAUGGUGGGCACUGCCCGGCUGCAGGCACACUGUGCUGUGCUCAUUGCCUGCAGUGGGUUCUUCUACUCCCUGUACUCCAGUCGUGUGUCCUCCACCGUACGGAGUGGUGCUGGUGCUGGAGGCCAGGCCCUGACCCUGUCUCUCCCUGACUCCUUGGACCCCUCCAGCGUCUCCUUGCUCCUGGAUUUCAUGUACACCUCCCGGCUGCCCCUCACAUCACGCACCGUCCCCGGGGUGCUCUCCGUCGCCACCUACCUGCAGAUGGACCAUGUGGCCGACACCUGCAGGGCUUUCAUGUUACACAGUGAGAGGAUGAGAGGGACGCCCCCUCAAGUGGAGCUGGACUCCAUGGUGUCUGCAGUGUCUGUAGCACUCUCAGGGGGAGUUCCUCCCAAUCCCCCCGUCAAUGGAAGACCCCGCCCGUCUGUUCUCGCUGUCUCCACCCCCUCACAGCCCGCAGCGGUGGCUGAGGGACGUAUUUACCCUAUCUCGGCCAGGGUCCCUGGAGACAUCCAGGCCUCUCUGCAGCCAGGGACUUUCCUGACCUGUAAGCCCAGGUCAAAGGAACUAAAGCUGGAGCCUGAAUCCCCCCUCCCCACCCCCUCUCCAGAAAGCCCAUCCCGCUCCAGCUGCCAGCCCAACUCUCCCGCUGAGUCCAACACCUGUAACCUGGGUGAACCCAAGCGCAGCCCUGACCCUAAGGCUUGCAACUGGAAGAAAUACAAGUACAUCGUCCUCAACCCUCUCUGUGCCGUAACCACGGUGAAGGGGGAGGAGCCUGAGGAGGUCCAGCAGCAGCUUGGGCACAACCCCACCUCUGAUAGGAUGGAGGUUACAUUGAAGCCAGCUAUAGAGGUGUGGCCAGGGGAAGGAUCCGGCCAAAAUGACAGGCAAGGGCAGGCCUCCUGCUAUGAUGUCCCUGGCCGUAGCCCUCCUCUGGUGCCCCACAUAGGGCUGCCAGCCCACCAUGUGGACCACCCCAUGGAGCCCCCCACCCACAAGGAAGGAAGAGCCUCGCCUUGCUAUCUGGCACCCCGCCCAUUGGAGCCAGAAGCCGCCCAUCACUGCCAACACCCAAUCAAGCACGAGAAUUACAGCUUGCCAUUCUGUUACUCGGGCAACCUGAGCGUGAUAAAGGCUGUCUGCACAGCCCCCGCUGCAGGCGACAAGCCAUACCGCUGCAACGUGUGUGGCGCCCAGUUCAACCGGCCCGCCAACUUGAAGACUCACUCCCGCAUACACUCUGGAGAGAAGCCCUACCACUGUGAUACUUGCGGGGCCCGAUUCGUUCAGGUGGCCCACCUGCGGGCCCAUGUUCUGAUUCACACAGGGGAGAAGCCCUAUCCCUGUCACACCUGUGGCACUCGCUUCCGUCACCUGCAGACCCUGAAGAGCCACCUGCGUAUUCACACUGGCGAGAAGCCUUACACUUGUGAGAAGUGUGACCUGCACGUCCGCCACAAGAGCCAGCUGCGUCUCCACCUGAGGCAGAAGCACGGCGCCGUCACCAACACCAAGAUCCGCUACAAGGUCCUUGCCGACCCCUACCAGCCCAUCCUGCAGGCCUGUUAAAGGUCCUCCCUGUGAACCCAGACCUUUAACCUCUAACCCCAAACCCAAUAGAUACCAGCCAUGACCCCAACAUUUCUGUCAAUCAAAUCAUGAUUGUUUAUCUGUUUCCACCCUAGUUUCUCUUGUGUUAUUAUGGUCCAUGGUUGCGUCUCAAAUGGCACCCUAUACUUUAUAUAGUGGACUUCUUUUGACCAGGGUUAAUAGGGCCAAUAGGGAAUAGGGUGCCGUUCGAGACUGCCUGUCUGUAUUUUUCUCAAGUAUGUUUCACCCACUGGCUAGGAAGGCCAUUAUAACACCUACACAUAAUUUGGAAGUACAUGGGUCCUGUAUGUGAAGCCAAUCAAGCCAUGAUGUUCUAAUAUGAUUUGGGAAAGACGGCAGGACCAGAGAUUUGAGCUGAUAUGUAGAUAGCAUGCUGAUGCCUCUUCUCUACAUGCUGUCAGUGAGGUAUUGGGCUGCAGGCUGUCUCAGGUCCGUAUGCGUUAGGUCAGUAUGAUGUGGAUCUUGUCAAGAGAGCUGACGAGAGUUACUGGGAGUAGUAUGGUAUGUUGUAUCCCAUCAGUUAUUUUGGAGUUGAAAGAAAUUCACGAAUUUUGAGGGUAUGAGUAGAGAGAGAGAAAGACAAAGAGAGAGCGAGAGAGAGAGAUACAGAGAGAGAGAGAGGAAGGGAGAGAAGGAUUAAGGGGUGUAGCUAGAAGAGUUUAGGAGAAUUUGACAGUUGAUAACAUGAAAUUGGGAUUUGACUGUAUUGGAGUGAUAGAGAGAAUGAUAUUGUAAGUUGCUAUGAGGUCGGUAGCAGUAGAGAAUAAUAGAGCAAGUGAAAGAACGUUUUCUGUGCCAUUGUUUUAUUUAUUUUCCAGUCCCACAGCUAUUUGUAGGGACUGGGACACAUUGGGGACACGUAGUAUUUUGAAGGGAUACUACAAAGACGCCAUUGCAUAACAAUAUAGACAGAGAUAGGUUAAAGGUCAUAAUGCCCCAAGCACUAAUGUGUGAAUAGACCACCCCGAUUGUGUCAGCUUUAAAUAGCUUUUUAACAUUUACAUUUUAGUCAUUUAGCAGACGCUCUUAUCCAGAGCGACUUACAGUUAGUGCAUACAUUACU